AUGCAGUCUACAGUCACCGGUUCUUCACAGCGAGAGGUGCAAAUUAAAAAAUUUGAGGCGGAUACCAUCAAGCUUCUAGAAAUUGUUGCAAAUUCAUUGUACUCCGAUAAAGAAAUUUUUGUACGAGAACUUAUUUCGAAUGCUAGUGACGCAGUCGAGCGUCUUCGCUUCCUACGAAUAUCUAGUAAUGUGAGUGGAGGCGAAGCGCAAUUGGCAAUUCAUGUAAGCACGAACGUUGAUGAACGGACACUGACAAUAUCCGACAACGGCAUCGGCAUGACAGCAGAUGAAAUGGAGAAAAAUCUGGGCACAAUCGCUAAAUCGGGUUCUAGAGAAUAUGUGUCGCAGCUGAACCAGGCGUCCAAUACCACUAAAAGCGAUUCUGCAAAUAUAAUCGGCCAAUUCGGUGUGGGAUUUUAUUCUGCUUUUAUGGUAGCAGAUAAAGUUGAGGUGCAUUCGCUGAGCCAGGCCAAUGCUGAGGAUAAAAAGGGGCACAAGUGGGUGUCAAGUGGGACGGAGGGUACCUACUCUAUUUCUGACUCUGAAGAGGUCGCCCCUGGCACCAAGGUCAUCCUUCACUUAAAAGAAAACUCUGAGGACUUUGCAAAGGAGUCCUUCAUCGAAUCAGUCAUUCGUAAAUACAGUAACUUCAUUGGUGUGCCGGUGUUCCUCAACGGAAAACAAGUCAACGUAAUUGAACCUCUCUGGUCUAAGGAUCCAUCGAAGGUAACCGACGAACAAUACAAUACCUUUUACCGCUUCAUCACUGGUGAAAAUCAUGAGCCACCGCGCUAUCGAAUAUGCUUCAAAACAGAUUCGCCCAUCAAUUUGCGUGCCCUUCUUUUUAUCCCAUCAACGAAACCAACUAUCUUUGAGACUGCCAAAGAAACGUGCGGCUCACUCUCACUUUACAGUCGAAAGGUUCUCAUUAUGAACAAAGCUGACCAUUUACUUCCCAAAUGGCUCCGUUUUGUCCGCGGUGUUGUCGACAGCGAAGAUGUUCCUCUUAACUUGAGUCGUGAGUUGCUUCAGGAUCAUGGUUUAAUCCGAAAAAUUAAUCGCAUUCUGACAUCCCUCGUUCUUCGAUUCCUGUUGAGCGAGUCAAAGCACGACGCAAAUAAAUUCUCUGCUUUUCUCAACGACUUUGGGCUCUAUUUGAAGGAGGGAAUCGUUGUCGAAACGGAGCAGUCCUCUCGAGAGGAGAUAGCCAAAUUACUGCGAUUUGAAAGUUCUGCACUGCCUCCGGGUCAAACAACCAGCUUUGAUGAAUAUGCCUCUCGCAUGCGUGCUGGUGAGCGAAACAUCUGCUUCUUAUCUGCUCCGAACAGGGAACUGGCUGAGGUUUCACCUUAUUUCGAGGCCAUCAAAAAACAGCAGAAUGAAACUGAGGUACUUUUUCUUUACGAACCCUACGAUGAAUUGGUGUUGAUGAAUAUGGGACAAUACGAUAGAAAGAAUUUGUGCUCCAUUGAAAAGGUCCUUGCGGAUGACGUCUGCGAUGCAGACAAAGUGGACAAAAGUGCACCCGAUUGCCUCUCUCAAGAGGAGGCGAAACAUCUCUCUAAGUGGGCUCAGGAGACACUCGGUCCCAAGGUCAAAAAGGUCAAGAUAACCCAACGGCUCACCUUGCACCCUUGUUGUGUUCAAAUUCGCAAUGCCGGUGCGAUGCGUCACCUCUUGCGGACGACACUGGCUGGUCGGCCGGCUGCGGAGAAAUACCACUUAAUGGAGCCAGUAUUGGAACUGAAUUCCAGUCACCCUUUAGUUCGCCACCUGGCUCGCCUUGCUUCUCCCUCUGCUACCCCGGAUGAUAGGGUCCUGGCCACAGCCCUCGUUGAUUAUCUCAUGGACGCUGCCAUGGCACAUGCCGGCCUCCUCGACGAAGUGCGGGAGAUGGUCUCCCGCAGCUCGCAACUCCUUACAUUGAUGGCUGAGAAAAUGAAUAAGACCCCAAACUAA